AUGACUUCUGAGAGCUGUGAAACUGCUGUGAUUCAAUCGCUAGCCCCAGGCCCCAUCGAAGGAGUUUCGUAUCCAUUGAAAGUUUUUUAUUGUGGACAAUGCUCAAUGCCAACCGAGUACUGCGACUACUCUGGGCAAACCGAUCUUUGUCGGGCAUGGGCAACUCAAAAUGCUCCAGAACUUCUCGAAGGACUCGAUAUUUCUGAAGAACCAGCAGAGGGUGAUGAGAAAAAGAAACAGAAAAGAGGAGGAAAAGGAUCAAAGCCUGGAGCAGCGACAGCCUCUGCAGGAAAGAAAAAGAGUGGUGCGCAGAAAGUAACACUCCAGAGAGAGCCUCGUGGCAAGAAAAGUGUCACAGUUAUCAAAGGACUAGCCACAUUUGACAUCGACCUGAAAGUUGCUUCAAAACUUUUCGCUCAGAAGUUCGCAUGUGGUUCUUCUGUAACUGGCGCUGAUGAAAUCGUCAUUCAAGGAGACGUCAAAGACGAUUUGCUAGACUUGAUUCCAGAGAAAUGGUCUCAGGUUACUGAUGAGCUCAUCGACGAUCUCGGAGACAAGAAACGCUAA